AUGGUGGGGCUCAUGGUGGCCUUCCAUGCAGCGUCCUGCGGCUACUUCUUCUGUGUGCGCUUCCCUGGGGUGCUGGAGUUCCCCCGGGACAUCUACGAUGACAUCCGAGACAUCUACAUCCUUGCAGGCGGGCCGAGGUGGACUUCUAGGGCGACAGCGGCGGAGGUGGACGACGCUCCAAAACUCAUACCGAAGGUCAUCCAUCAGACAUACAAGUCGGGCAACAUUCCAGGCAGUCUCAAGCCCUUCAUGCACUCCUGGCGGCGCCUUAACGAGGACUGGGAGAUCCGUUUCUACGACGACGAGGCUUGUCUCAAGUUUGUUCAGCGUGAGUUUCCAGAGUACAUGGACGCCUACCGCUCCCUGGCCAAGGACGUGGAGCGAUCAGACUUCUUCAGGUAUAUGGUGGUGCUGCGCAUGGGGGGCAUCUACGCGGACAUAGACACGGAGUGCAGGAAGCCGCUGAACAAUCUCAUACUCCCGCGCGACACGCUCGUGGUUGGCUGGGAGAACGAGUUCUCCACGGCCGAGGAGGCGCACAGCCGCAAAUACGUCCGGAAACGGCAGGUGCUGCAGUGGACGUUUGCGGGCGCACCGGGGCACCCGGCGCUGAGGGAGAUAUGCGAUCACAUCGCACGCAGCACGGGGACGGCCUUCAGCGCGUCAACCAACAUCGACACGCUGGAGCGCACCGGCCCGGGCGUCUGGACCGACAUCAUCCUCAAGCACGCCCGCGCCCACCCGCCAUCCAAGAAGGACGACCCGUGGACGGUGCGCGUGCUGCCCAAGGUGUACUUUGGGGUGCACCCGCUGGGCCUGGACGGCGUGGGGCCGGACGACCCGGACAUAGUGGUGCUGCACCACUUCUUGGGCUCCUGGAAGGUCCGCGGCGGCUGGAGCGGCGGCCUCGGCAUUGGCGCGCUCCUGCACCGCGCGGCGGGCCUCUUCACGCGCGCCGCUCCCGACCCGGUGCCCAAUGUGGAGGAGGCCGAGGAGGAGCAGCCGAUGGAGGCGUCGCUGCCGCGCGACCGUCAGAGCGCGCAGCUGUACCCGGUCUCCAUGGUCUGGCAGCCCCCCUUCACGCAACUCGUCGACCUGGUCGGCCACGGUGACAUGCAGGCGGGAGUGGAUGUGGCGGCAACUCUGACGGCAUGGGGCAAGUGGCAGCCAGCACUGGCGCCCGGUCGAGGUCCCUCCGUGGCCGAAGCCCUCAUCGGUUCCCUUGGUGGGAAGGGAGCUGAGCGCAGGGUGUUGGUGGAUAUUGGGGCGGGCAAUGGGUAUUUCUCGCUGGCGGCUGCGGCAAGGGGGCACCGGGCGAUUGCGUUUGAGUUAUCCAACAACUCGCUGGCGUCGUUCGAGGCCAGCAUCGCGUACAACGGGUUUGAGAAGCUGAUCACUGUACACAAGGUGGCGCUGGGGAGCCGGGAGGAGAUAGUAUGCGUGGAUGGGAGGGGACUUUCAUCUUCGCGCGCACAGGAUCUGGAGGUGGCGCGCGGCUACGGCCGGCCGGCGGCGCACAAUCUGUCGGCGCUGGCGGCAGCGGCCGUUGGGGGCGGCGGCGGCUGCAAUCGGACGGCGCUGCGGCGCAUCGGCGCAGAUCUGGUGCCGGCUGACGUGGAGGUGGGAGCGGUGCGUGUCAGCGUCACCGGCUGGGAGGGAUGGGUUAUGGAGGGCCUGGCGAUGGGCUGGGAUAAACAGUCCCUGCACACUGUGAAGACCAACAACAAGUUGAUGGGGUUGAUGGCGCGGGAGGCAACACCGCCGCCGGCAGUGGUGCUGCUGGAGCUGCAGCCGCACGCGAUGGCGCGCGCCGGGUACGAGGGCGGCGCUCUGAAGCUGCUGCGCACCAUGCAGUCCUGGGGCUACACCGACGUGUCCCACUCCGGGCAUGUGUGCGAUGAGCGAUGGCACAACAUAACGCGGUCGAUCCGGCUGCGCGGAGCUAUGGCGCUGGCCGCGCAGGAGGCGCUGCGGCAGCCGACGUGGUGCACCCUGCCACCUGAUAAAUUUGCGCCCCUGGCGGAACGCGCCUCUCGAGCCUACCCUGAGAACAUCCUGUUUGUGUACAAGAGUGGGGGCAGCUCCGGCGCUGGCUCCGGCACCGGGGGCGUUGCCUCCCCCGCCUGA